UGUAUUACGCCCACAAUGAAGAAUACACAUGAACAACGGUGCUAAGAUGACUCAAAGCGUCACUAUAAUUACUACUACAAUCGAUUAGGUCUCAUCAUUGAAAUCAAUUCUUCACCCUGGACGAUCAGAUGACAGCAACCCUAAUUCUCCCCGAUGAAGAAGACGAACCGUACAAUCGAGUAAGUUUUCAUCCAUUUAUAUCCAGUUUCAUCCGAAAAAGUAUAAGAUUAGGGUUUUAAGUGAAUAUAUUGUUCAAUCUUCCAAUAAUUUCUUAAUCGUGAGUUAGCGUCAGGUGGAAAUGAUAACAGGGUUAGUGAUUACGUUACUUAUCUUCUUGAAAUACUAUGAACAUACGACUGCUAUGAAAGCAAUUGCGUGGUCCCACAUAUUUUUGGACUUCUGGCCUCUGGUGGGGGUAUUGCUGAUCGAUGUAUUCGGUUUUGGAACACAACAUCCAAUUCUCAUCUUAGUUGCAUGGAUACCAGUAGCCAGCAGGUAUGCAAUCUUGUGUGGUCAAAGAAUGUCAACAAACUCGUGAGCACCCACAGAUACUCUCAAAACUAGAUUAUUGUCUGGAGAUACCCUACUAUGUAGAAGCUCGCGACACUUACGGGCACACGUAUAGAGUUCUCUACCUCGCAAUCUCACCAGAUGGACAAACGAUUGUGACUAGAGCUGGAGACGAAACACUUAGAUUCUGGAACGUGUUUCCAUCACCCAAAUCUCAGAAUACAGAGAGUGAAAUUGGUGCAUCAUCUUUUGGCAGAACGCACAUUCGUUAACCCCGUUUCACAUUUGGGAUUUUCAGGUCGCCGCUGAAGUCACGAAGUUCAAGAAAGAACGAUUAUAACUUAGGGUUAAGGAGUUUACCAUGUUGAUCAGCUUGAUCAUGCCAUUGCAGAUGCUGUAGAGCUUAGAGUUGGCUGUACUUAACUUGUUAACAACAAGAUAUUAGAAACAACGGAAAACAAGCACAAUGGUGUAAACUAGCGUUUGAUAUAUAUUUACUUAUGCCUAUCUUUUUUA